AUUUCUUCUGCCACCAAAUAAUGUAGUAAGAACAUGUUCAAGUACAUGGUUCGUCUAGUGAAUGAAAAGAAGGAAAGAAAUUUGCUUAUCAUUCAAGACAACUCACGCACCACACCGCAAACCCACAAAACCAGUUGUAAAGUGCGAAGAUGUCGAUAAAGAGAGUUGUGAAAAUAAAAUUUUACUCUCGCACAAGAAUUUCUCAAACGUGAAUGUUAAUUUAAUGUGAAUUGGUAACAACAAUGAAUUUACUUAUUCGCAUUUUCGGAUUAUUACUCUGUGGAUUACUAUGCGAGUCUGUUAAAACGCUUGAAUCUGAUAAACGACCAGUGAAAAAAGUUGUCGCUCGAGCUGGAACGAAUCUGACAUUGCCCUGUGCUGGUGUCGUUGGUGAAAAAUCUGUUGUGAAAAUUGAAAAAUUGACCUGGAAAUCUAGUCAGACAAUAAUAAAGUUUAUAAAUGGAAGACCAUUGGAGCAGAACCAAAGGAGGUCAUUACAUCCUAAAAACUUUAGUCUACAUUUCAAUCCAGUUAAGUUGAUUGAUAGCGGCGAAUAUAUUUGUUGGAUUAACGAUAAUCCCAGUCAUCCGAUAGAUUUAUUAGUACAAGAUGUCCCAGAAGCGCCUAGUCGUCCAAUGAUAACCGGCUUCACAUCGAGGUCGGUAAAUUUGUCGUGGGCACAAGUGCAAGAUCCGAAAAAUGCUCCAGUCACGAAUUUCAUUCUCGAAAUCAGGAUUGGUGAAAGCGGUGAAUGGGACCAACUGUCGAAGCUUCAUACAAACACCAGCAACACAUCUCAUCAGAUAACGGGGCUAUCACCAUUUACGAUUUACAGUUUCCGUGUCUUGGCUGUUAAUAGUUUAGGAAUAAGUUUGCCUUCAAAAGAGUCUUAUUACAUUGUAACAUUACGAGAAGUGCCAGUUGGAAAGCCAGUGAUGACAAUAGCGCAUAACACGUCGUCCAAUUCCAUCUAUUUAUCAUGGAAGCCUCCGCCAUCCGACACGAUCUUUGGCGAAUUUCUCGGUUACCGCAUAACAUAUCGCGCUCGAGACGUGAAGCCGGAGAAUAUUAAUGAGAUUUUGAUUCGUGAGAGCAGUGUUGAAAGUCACGAGAUUCACGACUUGGAGAUUUACACACAGUAUCUGAUUUCCAUUCAAGUGUUUAAUCCUGAAGGACUGGGACCGGCAACAUCUGUAGUUGUAAUGACAGACGAAGGCGAGCAAUAA